AUGCCAAACUCUCAUGUCGUCUCCGGGGUUUUAACCUCAACCGUUGAGACGGAUCAGAUCAAAUUUGGGUUCCUCCAUCGGCGGAAAGGAAUCAAUGAAAAUGCCGGGAAGUUGGUAAGAUUUUAUACUCAUUUUUGAAUUUUUAGGUGUCUUUCUACCUUGUUUAGCUUUUUAAAUAGUAAACUUGCCUUUAUAAGGCCGAAAUCAUGGGUUUUUAUAUUAUCCAUGACAUCAGAUGUCAAUCUCUCGAAUUUAAUCGAUAUUUUUGCAGCUAGUCUACAAUCCUAACUUUCAUUGGUAUCUGGGUAAUCUCCCACUGCCCAUGCCCUCUCGAUACCAGAUUCGACACAUUCUUAAUCGUAUUGACAAUGCCCCGAAGUAUUCGACCCAUCACAUUCGAAGAUACGAUGAAGAUAACCUCCCACAUCCUCGGCCAGUAGUUCAAUUCACCAAGAAAUACUUGGGCAGUGAUUGCAUGUAAGGGGUUUCUUUUGUUUUUCUUUUUUAGGCACAUUUUUGAAAAAAAUUUAUAUUUUACAUGGUGCGUGGAGAAAAUUUAGUCAAAACUUAUUCUUUUAGUGUACAAAGCAUCUGCAAACGAUAUGGAACACGAGUACAAUUCCGGGUAGACACUUUUGGUAUCGGUGACGACAAUUUUUACCUGUGCCGACUGUGCAUUAUUUCGAUAUUAGACAUUCCAAGGCCAAUUCCAAAAGAUUUGCCGAUAGUGAAGGAUAAUGUGGCUGAAUGGAAUUUUACUGGUGGCAUCGUUCAAGUAAGUGAGGUUUACAGUUUUUAUAUUCGAAAUUUAGCCCGAAUCAGAUGAACAUGACUAUGGAUCUAAUGCUGCAUCUACAUCAAAGUCGAAAGUUGUCCAAAUCUUCAUUUCCCAAGGUGCUAUCUCUCUGACGCCGCCAGAAGACGAUGUGAAGACGGAAGGCUUGAGAUACAACUUUGUUCCGUUCAGAAAUACCAAUGGGCUGGCCGUUAAUAAUCGAAAUAGUCGAAUUGUGGUGAGCUGUCGAGACUACAACAAGAAAUCGGUUUAUGUGGAUAGAGGGAAACGGUGCUCAUCGUUGGAAUCGCCGAGAAAUCGAGUCCAGAUUUAUUGUCAAUGCAAAACACCGGUAAAAAUGGAGGUCGAAAUGGCCAAGAGAAGAUGUCAUGGUGAAUAUAAUGCAGGCCCGGAAUCCAGCGAGAAGCAGGCGAAGGUUGCUGAAAAUGUGGAGGAAUUUCAAAUUCUGAUGGAAAUUGACGAAUCCAACGGAAGCUCCAACCAAGAAAUGGGUGACGACAUUGUAAGGAACAAGAUUCCAUAUGAGGAAAUUGAUACCAUUCCGAUAGAUGAAAGUGUCCGCAAAAGGUUGGAGGGGAUGCGGAGAGACAUACGAGCUGAGCGUGUGCUGAAUCCGACGACUUUACCCUCAACUUCAGCGACUCAGUUCCGAGCCCCCUCUCGUGGUUUGGAAAAUUUGAACAGAAAAUUGACCCUGAAGGAUGUGAUCAACAAGAAUUCGGCGUAUUCGAGGGCCCGAUGCAGUCAGGAUCCGUUGACAAAUGGGUUUAAUUUUCGUGGCGUUCCCACAUCUACAAUAUUGUCCAAGAUCAACGAUGCCCUUCAAAAUAUGGCCACGGAAUUGGAGAAGGAUGUCAGAAGAGAUGCGGAUAGCUUGUUUGUGAGAGACGGCCAGAUUUGCCGACAAGGACUGGUGGAAAUCCGCAGAGGCGAAAUUAGUGGGAGCAUUGGCCAUGUGGAAGAUAAGGAGACGACGAAUAAUGGAUUUGUGGAGAUUGAAGAAGUCGAGUCGAAUGAGAUAUUUGAUGAAGAAGAGAGUGGAAGCUCGGCAGGCACAGAGAAACGCGCUAAAAAGCUUAAUAGCAUUGUGAAAAGUUUGAUCGACAAAAAAGGAGAUGGUGAAUGUAGCACAAGUCAAAAAGGAGAGAAGGAGGAAGGAGAACUGCUCUCAGUGAAUGAGGUAGAAAGAGAAGCUCAGAGGGAAAGUUGUGAGCCCUGUAGCAGCGGAAUUUCACGUACAGACAGUAAUUUUUCAAAGGAUAAAUCAUCAAGUGCAAUAUCGGAAGAUGGAAAAAAUAAGGUCCCAGAUAGCGGUACUGGGGAGAAAAUUGAUGAAGAAGCCCAUAAAGCUACUAGCGAAGCAACUGCAAGUAAUAUUUCGCCUGCUACUGAUGAGAUUCCUACCAGCUCAUCUAGUACAAUAUUAGAUGAAGGAUCAGAAAAAAGGCGAGCAGAUGAAACCUCGAUUGAGAAGAAAAUUGAAGAAGAGAGUCACACAAGAAGUGAUGAAAUUAUUAAUACGCCGAAUAAGCUUAUUGUGCAUGAUUUCCCGAGCAAAUUUUCUGAUGUCAGCUCACCUAGUACAAUAUCAUCACAGUGUAAAGAGCAGGUCUCGGAUGGAGAUGUUGCGAUGGAAAUUGAUGGAGAAGGUCAAAAAAUGAGCGAUGAGGGUAGCACUAAUAGUGUUAUUAUCAAUCCGGCUGCUUCUUCCACUAAUAUAUCUACUACAAUAUCACCCGAAGUAUCUCAGACCCAAACAUGCCCAAUCUAUGAUUUCGGGCAAGAAUUUGAAGCCCUUCUCUCAAUCCCCACAUGGAAAUGCCAAAAGACUGGUGAAAUUUUUCGAUCCAGAGCGGACGAUGACUUUUAUCUACUCAAAAACAAAGCUCUAGUCAACAGAGAGACGAAGAAAAAUAGUCAAAUCGAUGGUUCUAGUCAGAAAAAAAAGAAACAAAAGAAAAGAAAAUUGGAGGUGGACCAAGGAACACCGAAAAAGACGGCAAAAGUCGCACCAAUUGGUAGGAAACAAACAAAACUUUGCUAAAAAUCCGAAAUUUUAGCUGAAUUCGACUACCAACCCCCAAAUAUCAACGCUCCGACCAAAGAAAGGUAUGCUGCGGCUCGAAAACAGUUUGUUGGAAUCAUGUCCAACUUCAACACACUAGAAUUGCCAGUACCUGGCAACAGAAAUAUCGUGAAAAUGCGGAAUUUUACGCAUGUUUGGACCGAAAGAUUGCUCCAUUUCGAGCCGACCUUGUACAGAAAAACUGUCGAUGAAAUUGUGUUGAUGGAAGCGGUGAAUGAAAAGGUAAAUUGAUUAGAACAAUGAGCCUGAACUUUGUGAUAUAGUGGCGGACCUGAUUCAGUGUUAAAAAACGUAUUAUUUUGCAUCCGGGAAGUAUCAAAAAAUGUGGCAAAAUGCCUCCCUCUCCAAGUGAAAAAACUUCGUUUUGAAGGGCGCAACCUUUCCCCCAUCAAAAGAUCGGGCGCGCUUUUGAAAUCGGAGUUUUUUUUCACUUGGAGAGGGAGGUAUUUUGCCACAUUUUUUGGUACUUCCCGGAUGGAAAAUGGUACGUUUUUUGCCACUGGAUGAGGUCCGCCACUGUAUACCGUAUUGCAUGUUGCAGCUGAACGAUUUGGUGUACCGCCUGAAACUCAGCCCCGCCGAGAGCGACAUGUUCAUCAGCAGCGAUGAGAUCUCAUUUUUCGAAGCCGCCGCGCGCCCCAGAAGUUUGAAUUGA